AUGGAGGCCCUCGACUAUCCGCUCGAUUUCCCUGAAUAUGAUGGACCUCCAGCAUCGUCUUCCGAGGCCGAGCCGUCUGCAAUUGACGAGCUGCAAUCGGCCCUGGGCUCGAUUCUCAUCGCCGAAGAGGACAGGUCCACCAAGCCUUGGACCUCGUCACCCGCGUGUGUUCCGUCCCUCAACAGCGAAGGAACCGUUCCCGCCAUCUUCUCCUGCCCCCGCGAGGUCCGUGAUAGGAUCUACUAUUAUUACCUCUACCGCGAAAACCAAGCCUACUACAGUCGCGGCGCGUCGGCGCGAUGGCCCUUCCUCGCCAGCGAAGACGUCGUGUCGCUGUUCCAAACAUGCCGGCAAGUCUACCAAGAGGCCUUGGAGGUCUUCCACCGCUACAACCAGGUCGAAAUCGGCUCCGAGCCGCGGCUCGAGGGGGGUCCCCUAAAGGUUCUUGACAAGUUCCCGGCCGCACACGCGCAGGCGCUGCAGAUGUGCUGCAGGCAGUACGGCGAAUACAACGCGUGGUACGAGAGGUACGAUCCCUUGAAGCACUACGCCGGCGAGCUGUGGCACAUAGUGAUCCGUGACGCGUACCUGUUCAAGUCCUACUUCCCCAAGCUGCGACGUUUCACGGCCAUCUUGAAUGUGGACCCGAGUUACUUUGAAGAACAGGAGGGUAUGGUGCUGGACGGCAAGACCGAGGAGCAGAAGAUAAAGAUGUGGAUGAAGUGGAUGAGGUUCUCGACCAGCAAGAUGAGGGCGUUGCCGCCCCUGUGGAUGAAGAUCCGGUUCACGUGUGGGCCGUUCCAGGGCGACAUGCAGCUACACCAGGACUCGCUGAACGAGGCACAGGUCAGGUUCGCAGAGGAACUCGCGGCGAAGGAGGGGGUGGAUGACCUGGAUGCGCUGGGCAGCAAGUGGGCGGAGGAGACGAGCGGCGAAAUGACGAAACUCGCGAGGAAGAGGCGGAAAGAGUUUAGUUGGGAGCGGAUGGAACGUGGUGCGACUUGA